UGAAAUAAUUAUUUCGAUAGAUAAACAAAUAUACAACACUUUUACCAAACUUUUCAAGUAGAGAAAAACAAUAUACAAAUAUAUGAUUGUAACAAUAUUUGAGGUAAUUUUUAAAAAUGUGUGCAACCCUGUCAGGGGUUGACGUGUAAUGUAAACUGUCAGAUAUCAUUUUGCCGACGAAAAUAAUCAAAACUACAAUGGAAGGUUUUAUGAUGGAGCCCACACUUAACAUAAUCAAAGGCAUGUGCAUCAUGGACAAUGAUGGCAAUCGCAUAUUGGCCAAGUACUACGACAAGAAUGUGUUGCCCACAGUGAAGGAGCAGAAGGCUUUCGAAAAGAACCUAUUCAGCAAAACACAUCGAUCCAAUACAGAAAUUAUCAUGUUGGAUGGCCUUACCUGCGUCUACAAAAGUAACGUAGAUUUAUUUUUCUAUGUGAUGGGCAGUGCUUAUGAGAAUGAGUUGAUUCUACUGUCUGUAUUGAAUUGCUUAUACGAUUCGAUAAGCUUAAUUCUGAAGAAGAAUGUGGAAAAGCGUUUGGUUUUGGAUAAUCUAGAGAUCAUUAUGCUGGCAUUCGACGAAAUCUGUGACGGCGGAGUUAUCCUGGACGCGGAUCCAUCGUCAGUGGUUAAACGUGUGGACUUGCGCAACGAUGACAUUCCCAUCGCCGAGCAGACCGUCGCGCAGCUGCUAAAGCGGAAACAUUUUAUUGCAAUUUAGAAGUGCUUCUCUAUUGUUGUUAAUAUUGUUACAUACUUUACGCCAUUAUUAAAUAAAUGCAACAAAUUCAAGAAAAUUUUACUUUUUUUUACUUACUACAAGAGUAUUUAAAUACUUAAUAUUACUCAUAUACUCAGUAAAUAUUUUCAAAUAUUUUGUAUACAUUGCAUAACAUUUUGUGAUAAACUCUCAUACCUUUACAGGUUUUGCAAUCGGCGCGCGAACAGUUCAAGUGGUCCAUACUUAAGUGAGCAGUGUCUAUGAAGAUCCGAUGGGACAGAGGAGGCAAAACUCAAGUUUUAUAACUAUACACAAUAAUAUACUAAGUUGACUUUCCAAAAGCGCAGUACAUUCGAUUUUUAUUGUAAUUUUAAUAUAA